AUGCCGCUGCCAUGUGGAUACCGCUGCACUGUUACUAUUGUGCGCCUAAUCUUAGACACACCAUGGUGGUUCCCAUCAUGUAAUAGAUGCAGUCGGACCUGUAUACCGAAUGGCGACGGUUACAAAUGCAACACAUGCUCCUGCACUGGCUACCGCUUCAAAUACAAGUUAUGUUUCAUUGCAAAUGAUGGAACCGCUGAAAGUGAAAUGAUAGCUUUCGGUGAAGUUGCUCGUCGUAUUGUUGGUAAACCUGUCCAGCAGGUCCUUAGAGCAUCAAGAUUUGCAAAUGACGCACCACCUGACAUCGCAGCUACAGUCUCCUUAAAGUUCACAUUUGCAAUUACCUUGACAGAGCAUAGCUACUAUACCCCACAAAAAACAUAUCAAGUCACUUCUGUCAUCACUUCUUAUGGAAGACAGCACACACUUCCAAACAUAAGCUGCAACCAGCCCAAGAACCCACCAGCCUCUCAGACAUCCCAGCCAACCUUUCAGCCACACAACUAUCCUCCCAAUGUACAUCCCAGUUUACCUGAUGCUACUUUCUCACCUGGCGUGAAGACCAGUGCAUCUUCUUCACAGUCAGCAGUUCAGAAAACAGUCACGCAAAGCAUGGCAAUAGACAAUACUCCCCCUCCUUCACUAGAACAUGAUGAAUCCCCAUUGAAGAGAACAACCCCUCUGGAUGCCACAGAUCCACUUAUACAUCCAGCUACUCGCAAAAGACUAUUUGAAGAUGCAACUUCUUCUAAAAAGGACACUGAACACCAAAAAAACAGCCACAGUGAAACAACCACAGACCCAUCUGAUCCAUUGCCUCACCUAGCAAGUCAAAGAAGUACUUUGCAGCACAUGACACCUGGCACCACGAAAUCAUCAAAAUCGAAGACCACCCAUGUUCCAAAAAACAACCAGUGAAGCUAACCAGACCGGUGGACACAUCUGACCUUUGCCUUUUGCUACAAGAACAAACCUGCUUUCGUUAUUUUGCCUUUUGUUUAUCUUGUUUUCUUUCUUUGCUUCUGUGAAGUUGCUUUUACACCUAGGUUAGCUCACGUCUUAGCUAACAAUGCCACUAGAUAAGAAUGCCACUGAUCCCAAUCGGCAAAACUAUUAACUAAGUAUCCCAGAAGAUGAUAUUGCCAGUAAUCCUCCUAUGAUACACUGAUGUAAAAUAACAAACCAGUGAUGCUAUGUAGCAUACUCAACUUAGCUAGCCAGUUAAACACUAUCAUUAUCCCUUCUUUUU